UGGUGGUGAUGGAUCAAUGAAAUUUGUGGUAGAGUAGUUAUAGUGUAAAUUGUUUAUUUAACUAAUGUAAUUUACUAACAAUUUAUGUGAGUAAAUGGGCCAUGGGCAAGGACCAGGAGCUGUUGGAAGCAGCAAGAAAUGGAAAUAUUCCUGUUGUGGAGAAAAUACUCAGUCAACGAGCGAAGAGGAGUGGCCCUCUAGCAAGUUUGCGCCGCGGACCUGGGGCAAAUGUUCAGGACAGCAGUGGCUACUCUGCGCUUCAUCACGCGGCGCUGAACGGACACAAGGAAGUGGUCCAGCUGCUGCUGGCUCACGAGGCCUCCACCAACAUUUUGGACGUGAAGGGAUCCUCGCCGCUCCAUUUGGCCGCCUGGACCGGCAACGUGGACGUCGUUCGCCUCUUGCUGUGCCAUGGGCCGUCGGUGCCAAACGUCAACCUCACAACGAAGGACAACGAGACGGCACUGCAUUGUGCGGCCCAGUAUGGGCACACUGCUGUGGUUAGCCAGCUUCUGGAGCAUUCGUGUGACCCGACCAUCAGGAACAGCAGAGAAGAGACAGCCCUCGACUUGGCAGCUCAGUAUGGCAGGCUUGAAACCGUGGAACUUUUGGUUCGAACCCACCCAGAACUGAUUCAACCUUAUUCACGGGGGCAUGGCAGCCAGUUUAGGCACACACCUCUCCAUUUGGCCAGCCGAAACGGUCACAAAGCUGUGGUGGCGAUACUGCUUGCGGCGGGGCUGGACGUCAACGUUCGGACAGCCGGCGGCACGGCGCUACACGAGGCGGCGCUUUGUGGCAAGAUGGAGGUCGUGCGGACGCUGCUGGACGGUGGAGUAGACUUGUGCAUCCGAGACGCACAGCACAACACCGUCAUGGACCUGCUGGGGCAAUUUCCCGCCCACGUGACCCAUGACAUCACCGCCAUCAUAAAAAAACAUCGAUCCUCGGGUCGGCGGGACAGCAUGGAUCCCGAAGACCGAGACAACCUUGGGAACCCCUUACCCCCAAUUCCGGUUCCAGACUCGACUUUAGGCAGUCCAUACGAAAACGUGCGGACAACGAGAGGCGGAGGACGGGUACCAGUUCCUGGAGCCGGUGGCUUGGAUUCCUCGUCUCCCAGCACGUCUCCGACGCACUGGGAGUUCUACCACAGCACCAAGGUUCGCCAGGGGAGCGGUGGAGACCCCAUGUCUGUGGCGUCGGACAGUGGGGUAUACGAGACGCCGCCUGCGCCCAAGUCCCUGGACUCCAGCUUCCUGUCGGACGACAUGUCGCUAUUCCAUCACCACCAGCAGCAGCACCGGGAUCCGGACCAGAUGAGUGUCUCCUCCACGGCGUCUAGCACCGGCGGGCCGUCACCCCGGGACCGUCGCUGUGAGGGAGUGAGCACCAACAUCUACAUGCCCAUGGCUCCUGGACAUUCACAUGGCCACAGCCCAGGCUCCAACAGCAAGGUUUCGCCGACGCCCCCGAAGAAGCCGCCGCGACGGAACCUGUCCGUCUCCCCCACCCACCUGCAGCCGUCUAUGACAAUGUCUGCCGACAGUGGUGCCAUCUGUGGCGGCGGCGGUGCUUACGAGUACCUGUUCCUGGCCCGUAGCGGCGUCCGUAGCCAUGGCGAUCUAGAAGACGUGCAGUGCCUGGGUACACAGACCUUAGGUGGCGGGCGUCGCGACGCUCUGCUACGGCACCAGGGCCGUAGUGUCGAUCAGUAUGUAGAUAUGAAAUUACGUCACAGUAUUCGUGUUGAUCAGCAGCCAGCUGAAGCCUUUCAUACGUUUAGGGGACGUAGUGAGGACAUUGACGAUAAUCUAGGUAGGAAAUCUCUAGUCAGAGAUCAGCCAGUGGCCAUUACAUCUAUGUACGAAAAUUUCCCGAUUAAAACCCAGAACCCUAGGAGGAAACUGAGGAGACAUCCACACAGCAAUGACAGGGCUUAUGAAAACUUCGAGCCAACACAGCAUCGAGGGGUGCCGUCAGAGGGCGGAAAUCCGGUCUCUCCAGUAGCUCCUGUUGUAGUCGAAACGUCGGGAAGUGUUGCGGAAGAAGAUAACCCAACGUUCGUGUCAAGCGCGUACAUAACGCUUAAGUCUUCCCAGGAAUCGCUACUGGACGAGCCGAGCGGUGGUAAGGCGCACCCCACCACGCCGACCGACUGCGAGCAGAAGCGGGAUGUCACGAGUGUCCAGAUAUUGCCGCUGAGCCCGACCCACUACCAACAGCCGCCGACACCGGACCAUCCCCCUCCGUCAGCUCUUCAGGCUGAGAAGAGCAUACACGAACGCAUCCGACCUCUUAGUCAGGAAUACAAGCGACGCUCGAGAGACAUCGAGACGGAAACAGAAGAGGACCUCCUCCUGUUCCCUUCGCUGGACGCCUCCAGUGGCAGUCUCUCCAGUAGCGUGUCUCUGUCUGACAAGAGCGUUUCCACAGAUAACAACGUCGAGGAGUUCUUCGGCGACGCCCCCUUCGCAGGUCUGUUCAAGGGGUCAACAACUCAGGGUCUUGAGACCGGAUCCCGGUCGUCCCCUGCAGAACGGCCCAAAACCUUGCGACGUCUGAAGAAUGCCUAUGACACAUCGUCAGGGCCGAACGGGUCGGCUGGGAAGGUGGAUGACGGCGAAGAGUUUGUCCCCAAGAGGCCCUCCGGCUCUGGUUCCCGGAGCGGAGGAAGUGGCCCCGGUUCGGGACCCGGCAUUGACAAGGGCCAGUCUCUCUCUAUCCUGAGUCCUUUCGAUGAACAGGAAGAGUGGGCCAAAAUAUCCGAGAUCAUGGCGUCUUUCGGCACUGGACUCGUUCGGGAGUCUGUGUUUGUCAGUGAGUUGGAGAAGGAGUUCCAGACCCGUCUAGGCAUGAAUCGGUCGGCGACUGGCAGCCCCGUGGCCGCCCCGGACUGCGGCGCCGGAUGCUCGUCUGUGGGCCAGUGGCUGGCUGGGCUCGGUCUAGCUGAUUACGAGUCCCUGUUCCAUAACAACGGCUUCGAUGACUUGGAGUUCAUAAACGGAGUACUCGAAGACGAGGACCUGAAAGAGAUGGGUAUAGACAGUGAGAGAGACCGCGAAGCCAUCAUGGAGUCUGCCCGCAGUUUGCCGUGCAAAGUCCAUGAGCAGCAGAACAUGGCGCUAAACAACAAUAACAAUCCGGCGUCUUCAGAACGUUGUGGCGACGCCGACGAGGAGGAGGCACCGGUCACAGCGACAGAUUCAGUGGAGACGGAGGAAACUGCUGUGGACCAGUGGCUGAACAGCAUCAGACUGGGCGUCUACAAGGAGACAUUCCGCAAACACCUGUACACUGACAUGGACAGGGUGCGCCGAAUAUGGGAGGUCGAGUUGACGGCUGUCCUGGAGAUCCACCGCGUCGGACACAGGAAGCGGAUCCUGACGUCAGUCAGCGGUCAUCAGUCUCACGGAAGCCAUGGACCGAACCUCGAGGACAUCAACGCCGACCUCAAUCUCCUGAAAUCAAACAUUCAGCAGCUGAAGGAAGAAAUCAGAGAGAAGCUUCCGGCGGUUCCCAACUCGGGGACCUUGAGACAUAGUCACAAGAAGUCUCGUCCAGCUCCCCCACCGCCGAUGUCAACAAACGGGUCAGGUGGCCACAGUGACCUGGAAAUCAGGGCGCCCUCCGAGCUACUCGUGGGGGUUCCCGCCACGUUGACAACACAGUGGAGACACCGCCCUCGCGUCCUCGUGUCGGGCUCCGUCAACUACAUUGCCAGCUACCUGGGCUCCACUGUUGUGAAAGAGCUGAGGGGGACGGAGUCAACCAAGAAGUCCAUCCAGAAGCUGAAGAAGUCGUCGUCCAUCAGAGACGCCAAGUCGACGCCGGACAUCGUACUGGCCAUAUCGUACCGGGGCGUCAAGUUCCUCAACACGAUCACCAAGGAGCUGGUGUGCGAGCACGACAUACGCAACAUCCACUGUGCGUGCCAAGACGCUGACGACCUGACGCACUUCGCGUACAUCACCAAGGACCACAGCAGUAAGAGUCACUACUGUCACGUGUUCUGCGUGCAGACCAUGGACCAGGCCACUGAGGUUAUUCUCACGUUAGGCCAAGCUUUUGAAGUAGCUUACCAGAUGGCAUUACGAGACCAGUUCACGGGCAGCCGUGGAGGUAACGGUAACAGCGGUGGCGGAUGUCACGUCAGGUCACUGUCAGCAGCUCCAAACGCGUCUCAACCUUGGACCAAUUCUCCCAAUCAAAGCAAUCAUUUCCGGUCACUCUCCGUCAAUGAGAUCAAAGUGAACGGCCAAGAGGAGACUAAGGACGCAGCUGCUCCACAACAGGGACCUUCUAGCAAGAAGGAGGACCAUGAAGAGUUAGAUGACCCGGCUUCUGGAGACGAAUCAGCCGAUGUGAAUGCAGAAACUUCAAAGGGCGGCCAGGUAUCCCAGGCGCCCAUAGUUCUGACAGAGGAGCUGUAACUGGCAGGGUCAAGACAGACGGAUAUGCAGCUCUGAGGAACACAUAAACCAUGCCUCACGAGCAUUUAACGAAAUUAACCAUUUAUGAAUAUUUGUAACCCUACGAGUGCCAACUAUCGAAAAUAUCGACGUUUGCAAAAGUAGCUGUUUCUGACAGCGUGUGACAUCUCUUGGCAUUUAGCAACUUUAUUCUCGUUAUUACAGAUUUAAAGUUUUGUUGAGUCGCUGUGAAAGUCUGUGUACCACCCUGUUCAGAUGUAGAUUUUGGAUUCCAUGACCAAAUCCUGAGCAUGGCAGCACAAGACACGCUCGAUGCACGGUUUCUGCAUUUCUUACCCUUCGGUCCCCCUAUAAAUGUGCCAUUGUUAUGAGCCUAUCCCAGAUAAACCUGGGUGUGAGGCGGAAUAAUUCAGGAUUUAGGUAUGAUCUCACACAUCCCUACACAAAUGUUUUGAUAAGGGUAGCUAAUUUUUAUAUGUGUAAUUUAACCCUUUAAAGCCCAGUCGUUACUACAUUUACCACUGCCAUAACGUUAAAACCCCUGCAUUCUGCCCACGCAGUGUAUCUGUGUUCCUUACGUUUCUCACAGUAAACAGCGAAUGUUUCCCUAAACAG